GAGGGAGAGACCCGGCUGUUUUCUGGUUGUAAGCGUUGGAAUGAGAGAGCAGUGGCGGAGAGACGCGGACUAACAUGACAAAAGGACAGAUCGAAGAAUGUAACCUGGUAAUACAGGACUUCAACAUUCAGGUGGCUCUCUUCAGGGAAUUGGUCAUCUCCAUCGGGAAUGGCUCCUGUGACUCUCCGGCCGUCCGCAAGGAGAUCAAAGCUGUCAGGUCCACCUGCAAAAAUCUCGCCAAAAAAUCCGACCAGGUCUGUUCGCCUCUAUACAGUCUCGAAGAUGAAAAUUUGCAGCCUGGUAUCUGCAGACUUCAUUUGCUGUUUUAUGGGUGUCUGGAGAUGUUUAUAACUGAAAUGCUUAAAUCAGCAUACUUGAUGGAAUCUUUUCAACUUCGAAAAACAGAACAAAUCAUUUGUCCUGCUUCUGGAAUUCUCUGUGAAAGAGAAGAGGAACAUUCACAGGCCCCAUUUCUGGAAGAUGUCACCUGCUCAUCGUCUUCACAAGAGUUGGACAUGUUGGCAUGUCACUUAGAUACAGCGCUGGAAAUUGAAUCCACAGAAAGUGACAUUCAGGAAAUGAGAUACCUUCUGAGAAAUCUCAUGGAAUCCGUGCCACAAUAUCUUAAAAUACAGGAUGAAUACUGCUUGUCGACCCCAUCACCCACACGUCCAAAAACUCGGAAGAGGAAAAAAUGCGGACUAUGUUGUAUAAAGAAAUGAAACCAUUUGUUACGCCCAUCAAUUCUUACUAAUUAAAAGUCAUAGCUUAGGAUAAUUGGAAUUAUAGGUAUUUAAAUUUGUUGAAUACAUUUGUUUAUGAAACAUUCAGCAAACGAAGAAGUGUAAUAUCAAAAAAACGGCUUUGGCAAUUUUAAUCAGUGGUGUAGAAUAGUUACCAAUGUAGAAUUUUUUUUUUGGCUUAACACUCGGGUAUUUAUUUUGGAUUCUUAAAACGCUAUAAUACUGUUUAAUGCUGUGUUAGCUUCUUUUGUGCCUUGCUGUUUUUACAAUAAUCCCGUCCUCUGUAUUGAAAUAUGAAAAAUAUAAUAGCAUUUUCUUAAGUGAGCACUAAACAUGGAAAAAUAAACCUGCUGUACAGAGCAAUAUGGGCAGUAAGAUGUGGUUAAAUGAAAGUUAUAUUGU